UGGAGGGGGGGGUUAGACCUGAGCCAGCCAUUUUGUUUUGGCUUUGUUUUUCUCUAUAGUGGGUGUGUAUGUAGAUAUACAUACAUACAUAGAGACAUAUAUAUAAUUUUAACCUCCUUUGGGGGGGGUUGGUUUAAAAUAUUAAUUCAAAGGCGGCCAUUUUUGUUUUCUUGCUUUUCUGGAGGGAAAAUAUCAAUCCUUUUCAGAAUUUUAAACAUUUUGACUCUUUUUUUUCCCCAUUUUUAAAAAGAGGAGCUUCUGAGGAAACCUUUCCAGGAAGAAGUUCUAAAAGAGAGUUUUUGCUUUUUAAAUUCAUGGGACUUUUAUUUUAAGUAGAAAGGAGGAGGGGGGCUUCAGAGAGAGAGAGGAAGGGGGUCCUCUCCCCCAUUUUGUGUGCUUUUGUGUCUCUUUUCACUUCGACAACAACGACCCCCCCUUCCUCCUUCCUUCCUCCUCCUCCUCCUCCUGGAGCACCACCAUGGCUUCCCCUCUGAGGGAGGACGAGGAAGAGGAGGAGGAGAUGGUGGUGUCUGAGGCGGAGGGCGACGAAGACGACGACGACGACGAGGAGGAGGAGGAGGAAGAUGAGGAAGAGGAGGAAGAAGGCGACGACGACGACGACGGAGAAACGAGACGGAGACGGAGAGCCAGGGGCGACUGCAGCCCAGGCGCCGGAGACACCUUCCUGCCGCCCGCUGCUGCCCAGGCUCCAGAGGAGGCUGCUAUCGCCGCCGAGGCUGCUCCGCCACUGACGCCCCUCGCGCCGCCGCCGCCGCCGCCGCCAGACGAAGAGGAGGAGGAGUUGCGCAACCUAGAGAGCCCCCUUGUCAUCAAGAAGAAGAAACGAGGGCCCAAAAAGCAAAAGGAGAACAAGCCGGGGAAACCCAGGAAGCGCAAAAAAUUACUCAGCGAAGAUGAGUUUGAGUCAGACCGAGAAGAAUUUCGGGCUAAGUCAGAGAGUGGUGGCAGCGAUUAUGGAGGAGUGGGGAAGAAGAAGCGAAGGAAGCAUCGGGAGAAGAAGGAGAAAAAGACGAAGCGGCGGAAAAAGUCGGAAGAAGAUGGAGUGCAAAAGCCAAAGGUGGAGCAGAAAUCCUCUGCUCAGCUGCUCAUGACUUGGGGACUGGAAGAUGUAGAUCAUGUCUUCACUGAAGAGGACUAUCACACCCUGACAAAUUACAAAGCUUUCAGCCAGUUUAUGAGGCCUCUUAUUGCCAAAAAGAACCCCAAGAUUCCAAUGUCCAAAAUGAUGACUAUCAUGGGAGCCAAAUGGCGGGAGUUCAGCGCCAACAACCCCUUCAAAGGGUCAACAGCAGCUGUGGCUGCUGCCGCUGCUGCCGCCGCUGCUGCAGUAGCAGAGCAAGUGUCGGCUGCGGUGUCUGCCGUCACUGCUUCACCUGAGCCGCCUCCACCUCUGCCUCUGCUACAGCCGCCUUCUCAGCCUCUUCCAAUUCGCAAAGCCAAAACUAAAGAAGGCAAAGGCCCGGGCCACAAGAAGCGGAGCAAGAGCCCUCGUGUCCCAGAGGUGAAGAGGAAGAUGAAGGGGAAGAAAAUGGCACCACUGAAGAUCAAGUUGGGCAUAAUUGGGGGCAAGCGCAAGAAGAGCAGCUCACAUUUGUUUCAGAGUGACGAGGCAGGAGAGCCAGAGGAAGAAUCUGACCUCGACAACUCCAGUGUUCACAGCUCCUCAGUGCGUUCAGACAGUUCGGGAAGGGUCAAGAAACUCAAGCGGGGUAGGCCUGGGCGGAAGAAAAAAAAAGUUGCUGGUGAAGAAGAGGCAGAUGGCUACGAGACAGACCACCAAGACUACUGUGAGGUGUGUCAGCAGGGCGGGGAGAUCAUCCUCUGCGACUCAUGUCCCAGAGCUUAUCACCUGGUGUGCCUGGAUCCGGAGCUAGACAAGGCCCCUGAGGGCAAGUGGAGCUGCCCCCACUGUGAAAAAGAAGGGGUGCAGUGGGAGCCGAAGGAGGAAGAGGAUGAGUAUGAAGGGGAGAUGGAUGAUGGCGAGAAGGAGGAGGAGGACGAUCACAUGGAGUACUGCCGUGUCUGUAAGGACGGUGGCGAGCUCUUAUGCUGUGAUGCUUGCAUCUCCUCCUACCAUAUCCACUGCCUCAACCCACCGCUUCCUGAAAUCCCCAAUGGGGAAUGGCUGUGUCCCCGCUGUACGUGUCCCAUGCUAAAGGGCCGUGUACAGAAAAUUCUCUACUGGCGAUGGGGGGAGCCUCCAAUGCCAGUCGCUGUGCCCCCGCCAUCUGAGGGCAACCCAGAUGAGCCACCACCCAAGGCAAUGCAGGGCCGUUCGGAGCGUGAAUUCUUUGUCAAGUGGGUCGGCCUUUCCUAUUGGCACUGCUCCUGGAUAAAAGAAUUGCAGCUCGAGAUCUUUCACUUGGUGAUGUACAGGAAUUACCAGAGGAAGAAUGACAUGGAUGAGCCCCCGCCACUUGAUUAUGGCUCUGGUGAUGAUGAUGGCAAGAGUGAGAAGAGGAAGAACAAGGAUCCUCUGUAUGCUGAAAUGGAGGAAAAGUACUACCGUUAUGGCAUCAAGCCUGACUGGAUGACUGUCCAUCGUAUCAUAAACCACAGGUCAGCUUGCGUCUCAUUGACAAAAAAAGGCAACUAUCACUACUUGGUGAAAUGGCGUGACCUUUCCUAUGACCAGUCCACAUGGGAGGAGGAUGAAAUGUCAAUUCCUGACUAUGAGUACCACAAGCAGGCCUAUUGGCUGCAUAGGGAGCUGAUUAUGGGUGAAGACCCAGCGCAGCCCAGGAAGUACAAGAAGAAGAAAAAGGAACUGACUUCAGAGGACCCACCUAACUCUCCCACCAAUGAUCCGACCGUGAAAUAUGACAGCCAGCCACGCUUCAUCACAGCCACAGGGGGCACGCUGCACAUGUAUCAGUUGGAAGGCCUCAACUGGCUGCGGUUUUCCUGGGCCCAGAGCACAGACACCAUCCUGGCUGAUGAGAUGGGUCUUGGCAAGACCAUCCAGACAAUUGUCUUUUUGUACUCGCUGUACAGGGAGGGCCACACCAAGGGGCCUUUCCUUGUCAGCGCCCCACUGUCCACCAUCAUCAACUGGGAAAGAGAAUUUCAGAUGUGGGCACCCAAUUUCUACGUGGUGACCUACACUGGGGACAAGGACAGCCGCUCCAUCAUCCGGGAGAACGAAUUUUCCUUUGAAGACAAUGCUAUGAAAGGCGGAAAGAAGGCCUUCAAGAUGAAGAGAGAGGCUCAGGUGAAAUUCCACGUCCUCCUUACCUCAUAUGAGCUAGUCACCAUUGACCAGGCUGCCUUGGCCUCCAUCCGGUGGGCCUGUCUUGUUGUAGAUGAAGCUCACCGGCUCAAAAACAACCAGUCUAAGUUUUUCAGGGUCUUAAAUGGUUAUAAGAUCGACCACAAGCUGCUGCUCACUGGGACUCCCUUGCAAAACAACCUGGAGGAGCUGUUCCAUCUGCUGAACUUCCUGACUCCUGAGAGAUUCAACAAUUUGGAAGGCUUCCUGGAAGAGUUUGCUGACAUCUCCAAGGAGGACCAGAUUAAAAAACUCCAUGACCUGUUGGGCCCCCAUAUGUUGCGCCGCCUCAAGGCUGAUGUCUUCAAGAAUAUGCCGGCCAAGACAGAGCUCAUUGUCCGAGUGGAGCUCAGCCCCAUGCAGAAGAAAUACUAUAAAUACAUAUUGACUCGCAACUUUGAAGCUUUGAACUCACGUGGUGGUGGAAACCAAGUGUCUUUACUGAACAUCAUGAUGGACUUGAAGAAAUGCUGUAACCACCCCUACCUCUUCCCUGUUGCUGCAAUGGAAUCCCCCAAGCUGCCAAGCGGUGCCUACGAAGGGGGUGCUCUGAUCAAGGCCUCUGGGAAACUGAUGCUGUUACAGAAGAUGUUGAGGAAACUGAAGGAGCAGGGCCACCGAGUGCUCAUCUUCUCACAGAUGACAAAAAUGCUGGACCUUCUUGAGGAUUUCCUGGACUAUGAAGGAUACAAGUAUGAAAGGAUUGAUGGGGGCAUUACAGGGGCCCUGCGGCAAGAGGCAAUUGAUAGGUUUAAUGCUCCUGGAGCUCAGCAGUUCUGUUUCCUGCUCUCUACACGAGCUGGUGGUUUGGGCAUCAACCUGGCCACAGCAGACACAGUGAUCAUCUUUGAUUCAGACUGGAAUCCUCACAAUGAUAUCCAGGCCUUCAGCCGAGCUCAUCGUAUUGGCCAGGCUAACAAGGUGAUGAUCUACCGCUUUGUAACGCGAGCAUCAGUGGAAGAGCGAAUUACGCAGGUGGCCAAGCGCAAGAUGAUGCUGACUCACCUGGUGGUUCGCCCAGGACUGGGCUCCAAGUCGGGUAGCAUGUCCAAACAGGAACUGGAUGACAUUCUCAAAUUUGGCACUGAGGAGCUCUUCAAAGAUGAAAAUGAGGGGGAGAACAAAGAGGAAGACAGCAGUGUCAUCCACUAUGACAACGAAGCCAUUGCUCGGCUGUUGGACCGUAACCAGGAUGCCACAGAUGAUGCUGACGUUCAGAACAUGAAUGAGUACCUCAGCUCCUUCAAAGUGGCACAGUAUGUGGUUCGGGAGGAGGACAAGAUUGAAGAGAUUGAGCGGGAGAUCAUCAAGCAAGAGGAGAAUGUGGAUCCUGACUAUUGGGAGAAGCUUUUGCGGCACCAUUAUGAGCAGCAACAGGAAGACUUGGCCCGCAACCUGGGGAAAGGGAAGCGUGUGCGCAAACAAGUAAACUACAAUGAUGCUGCCCAGGAGGACCAAGACAAUCAGUCUGAAUACUCAGUGGGUUCUGAAGAGGAGGACGAAGACUUUGACGAGAGGCCAGAAGGUCGCAGACAGUCCAGACGGCAGCUUCGGAAUGAAAAGGACAAGCCGCUCCCCCCACUUUUGGCACGGGUUGGUGGGAACAUUGAGGUGCUGGGCUUCAACACCCGUCAACGCAAGGCCUUCCUGAAUGCUGUUAUGCGCUGGGGCAUGCCUCCCCAAGAUGCUUUUACCUCCCAGUGGCUAGUUCGGGACUUGCGGGGCAAGACUGAGAAAGAAUUCAAGGCAUAUGUCUCUUUGUUCAUGAGACACCUCUGUGAACCUGGGGCUGAUGGUUCUGAGACUUUUGCUGAUGGGGUUCCCAGGGAGGGACUUUCAAGGCAGCAGGUCCUGACACGGAUAGGCGUCAUGUCUCUGGUGAAGAAAAAGGUGCAAGAGUUCGAACAUAUAAAUGGGCGUUGGAGCAUGCCUGAAUUGAUGCCCGACCCCAGUGCUGACUCCAAAAAGUCCUCCCGAGCUUCAUCUCCCACUAUCAAAACCUCUACCACCACCCCAGACCCCAGUUGCACCAAUACGCCUUGUACCUCCAAGCCAGCAACCCCAGCUCCGAGUGACAAAGGGGACGGGGGGAUCCUGACAGAAAAGGAGGAUUCAGAGGCCAAAGACGAGAAGCCGGAGAAGGAAGCCAAGGGUGGCGAGAAGAUGGAGAUGGAGCCUUCAGCCCCCGAGCAGCCCAUUUGUGCCACAUUCUCAGGUGAAAAGGUGGAGCUGGAGCCAUCCAAAAAGCCUGAGGAGGAGGGACUGAUGGCCCCUGGGGAGAAGGAGUCAGAAUCUGAGCUUCCAGUCAAAGAAGAGAAAGAGAAAAUUGAUGCUGAUCCGGAUAAACUUGUUGCAGAUGAAAAAACCCCUGAGAAUGAUGAGAGUAAAGAGAAAGCUGAGGGGGAAAUUCAGGAGGUGAAGAAAGAAGAAUCAAAAGGUGAGAGGGAGCCAGGAAAAGACCUCAGAGCUAGCAGCAUUAAAGACGAGAACCGGAACAAUGGCAAGAAGGAGGAAAAGAUGGAGAAGCCGCGAUUUAUGUUCAACAUUGCUGAUGGUGGCUUCACAGAACUCCACACCCUCUGGCAGAAUGAGGAGCGAGCCGCCAUCUCCUCUAGUAAGCUUAAUGAGAUUUGGCACAGGCGACAUGACUACUGGCUACUGGCUGGCAUUGUCCUUCAUGGUUAUGCUCGCUGGCAGGACAUCCAGAAUGACAACCAGUUUGCUAUCAUCAAUGAACCGUUUAAGACCGAAGCUAACAAGGGCAACUUCUUGGAGAUGAAGAAUAAGUUUCUUGCAAGAAGGUUCAAGCUCCUGGAACAAGCCCUGGUGAUUGAAGAGCAGCUGCGCAGAGCGGCCUACCUGAACAUGACGCAGGACCCCAGCCACCCGGCCAUGGCCCUCAACACCCGCUUUGCCGAGGUGGAGUGUCUGGCUGAGAGCCACCAGCACUUGUCCAAGGAAUCUCUGGCUGGCAACAAGCCUGCCAACGCCGUCCUACACAAGGUGUUGAACCAGCUGGAGGAGCUUCUCAGCGACAUGAAGGCAGAUGUGACACGCCUGCCCGCCACGCUCUCCCGCAUCCCUCCGAUUGCUGCCCGCCUCCAGAUGUCUGAACGCAGCAUCCUCAGUCGCUUGGCAAGCAAAGGGAAUGAGACACAAACUGCCCCGGCCUUUCCCCCUGGGCCAUAUGCCACUCCUCCUACCUUUGGAGGGUCCUUUGGUGCCACGCCUGGCGGGACACUGCCCACCAUGGGUGCCAACUACAGCCAAAUGCCAACUGGCUCCUUCAUCACAGCCAAUGGUCCCCCUGUGAUUGUGAAGAAGGAAAAAGAAGGUGAGAUCCUGGAGAAGAAGGAGGCGAAGAGUGGGGAGGUGAUCUGCAUAGAUGACUGAGGCACCCGCCUGCUCACGUCUGGACAGGUCCUGCCUCUGGCAGAACACUCCCCUCAAGCCUCUCUUCUUUUUUAUUUCCUGAUCACAUUGAUGGCUUUGCCUUGGGGGGUGUGGGGGGCAGAGUGGGUCGGUCAGGCCCACCGCAGCUCCCCUUUGCUUGAUUUUGUUGCCCCUCCCGUUUCCUCUUCUUGGGUAAGGGGACGUGGGCUUCACAACCAGCUGGUUUCAACCAGAGAGACGCUUGGGAGUCAGGAGGCACUGGGGUUCCAUUCUGGGCUGGAGAAGGAAGAGGAAUGGGGAUGGAACUGGAGACCCAGGUCUUCUGAUGGGACUCUCAUCUUUGGGGUUUCCUGCCUGUGACAGGAGGGGGCAACCUGGCUCUGUGCUGUUUGCCCCCAGCAGUGCAAAUCUUUGGGAAGCACUGCAAAGUGACUCUAUAAAUAUGAAUAUAUAUAUAAUGUAUACACAUUCAUCCUGUAUGUUUAAAAAAAAAACUCCCCACUUGUGCUUGAACUCUCUAUGGGGCAAUCAUGGGGCAGAUGUGGGAGGGGAGACACUCCCUAGCCAUGCGCGGUUCUCUGCAGUGGGGAGAGGAGCCAGUGUCAAGGUGGCCCUUGCUGGGAGCAGGGGCUGCCUCUUGCCCUUCCUCCCUCCGACCCAGUUCUUGGAAUGAAGCUUCUUUGGGUGCAGGGAAGAGGCAGUAGCAGGGCCAAGCUGCACUCCUGGAUUUGUUGCUGAAUCUCAAGUCACUUCUUGUUUAAGCCUUGCAGAAUAAAGGCCGUUUCCUUGGCUACAUAACCCA